ACUUUGUGUAAUCCUUGUGAUGAAUUUAUUCCUAUCGUUCUCUAACGCAACUCGAAUUCCCAAACGUAAUGAAACAAACUUACUUCAGUCAACAAUAAAUAAUCAACUGUCCGAAUUGAGAGGGAGCCUAGAACGACAAAUAAAAGAUGCACUUGAUAUGAAGCCGGACAUUGGAUUUUUAAAAACGGCUGCUCAAUUUCUAACAGGGGACAUUGAAUCUCUACGAUCUCUGGAGAAGCAGAAGAAUGAUGGAGUUAAUAUGGAAUCUGCUAUUCAACAACUUAGAGCCGAUUUUCAGUCUCUAAGUGGCGAACUGGAGAAGCAAAAGAAGGAUGCAAUUAAUAACGAGGCGGAGUUAGAAAAAUUGAAACAAGAUGGAAUUAACAGCGAGGUGGAAAUUCAACUUCUAAAGGCGAUGUUGGAACAACAGCAGAAAUCCGAAGUGGACAACCAAUCUCUCCGCGCGGAACUCGAACGGCAAAGAGAGAUAACAGAUGGACUUGUUAAGGCCUUGAAUAAACACAAUACGUGGUUUAACCCAUCCACUUGCUCCGAGGCUAAAUUUAGUGGGAUCUACGAAACAGUUCUUCCCAACUUUAUAAGUCAACCCUUUAAAGUGGCCUGCGAUGCUUUAACUCAUGGAGGAGGAUGGACUGUUAUCCUUAAAAGGAUGGAUGGCCGUGUCAACUUUUAUCGAAAUUUGACUGAGUACAAAACUGGAUUUGGUGAUCUGGAUGGAGAAUUCUUCUUAGGUUUGGAUAAAAUACACGCACUAACUGCUGAGAGGAAACAGGAGCUACUUGUAGUGCUUGAGGAUUUCGAGGGUGUUGAAGCAUUCGAGUCGUAUGAUGCCUUCGCAAUUGGCAACGAGAAUCAACAAUAUGUAUUACACACCCUGGGAAAAGCCAAUGGAAGUGCUGGUGAUUCCCUCAGAAGACAAGAGGGCCAAAAAUUUACCACUUAUGAUCGAGACAAUGAUAUGUAUGAUAAUGUAAACUGCGCCUAUCGCUUCACUGCUGCCUGGUGGUACAAAAGUUGUUACGACAGUCACUUGUUGGGCAAAUAUAACGAACCUACCUGGGGCAAUGGCGUCAAUUGGGAUACUUUUCGAGGUCCGAGCUACUCCCUGAAAAAAGCCGUUAUGAUGAUAAGACCGAAGAAGUGAAUUCGAAGCAUCCACAACACGAAGAGCUGUUCUACACGUAUCAAUUUAAUUUGAAAACUUGUGCAGAUUCCAUAACCUUUAAUCAAUUUUGUAUAAUUUUACAGAAAUAAAAUAAAAGCAUUUACCUCUCUCUA